UCCAACCCUCCCUCUUUCCCUUCAGUGCCAAAAGGAGGAGAAACAACAAGCCGCCAUUUUGUUUUGUGCGGCCAGAGGAGCGGAGGAGGCACGAGAGGCAGACCGAGGAGAGCCGCUCCGAACCCGGCCACGGCGCGCACAGACACCCGCUGUCUGCUCAAAGAAGAGGAGGAAGGCGAAAGGACGAGGGAAAAAACACCAAAAGAAAUGAGGAGAUAAAUAAAUAAAAAGAAAGAAAAAUCACUCGGUGAAAAUCUGAAGAAGAGGCGGAAGGGGAUUUAAAAAAAAAAAAAAAACAGGAGGAAAAAAAAAACCCCUGCGGUGGGGAGCAGAGAAAGAGGAAAUACACACACAGAGAGAAAUAUAAUCCCCUUUUACACUUUUUUUUUCGUACAGAAUGGAUGCAGUGGUUGUGAAAGAAAUGAAACGACAGAGGACGGCGUAAAAGUGAAGGACGUCCACAACAAAGUGAAGAAAAGAAGUGAGAGAAAGAAGAGAGAAAUGAAGGCGCAGGGGGUCACGGCACCAGAAACGCCUGGGGCGCGUUUAUCGAACCCUGAAAUAUCACGGAGUGCGUCUGGGAUCUGAUCUAAAACCUUCGCCGUGAAUGCGUCUGCAUUCGGUCUCCCCCUGGUUCCGCUCAGUCGAUGUGUUUUUCCUCUCUACCUGAUUGCUCGAGGAUUUGUUCCUCAUUUCUUGCACUUGCGAGCUUCAUUAGAGUUGGCUUGAACCACAAAGUGAGCAGAUCCAUCCAGCUCUGCCACGGCUCUUCACCGUCCACCAAUAACACUACUGCAAAAAAAAAAAAAUCCUUAUCAAAGUAAACGAGUUAUCUCGUAGCUUUCUUCUUCGUACCGGGCCGUCAGAUCCAGAACUCGGAACGAUAAUGAUGUCUUUGCGUGCCUGAAGAUUGGACGCAGGAAGACGUUUCUUCUGAGAUCCGUGUGUGUGCGUGAGAGAUGCGACCCUACAAGAUUUCCUCCAUUCCGUCACAAAAACACUAAAGUGCAUUCACGAAUGCGAGUGUUUAUGGAGUUGGUGGUGCACCCAGACGGUUCUUCAGCACUUCGGUGGGAUUGCGUGCCACUUGGGUUAUUUUAUUAGUCCCGCAGAAGCACGGAUGACUUUUUAUCUGGACUGAAUCAUGGCCAAGUUUCUUUGAACAGUGUGGUGUGUGUGUCAGUUACGUGAACUGUAACUUUUGUCUAUUUAUAACUUACGUAUUGCAAAGUCGCUGUAUCGAUGAGGCAAGAUUUGAGGACGACUUCUGGAAUCGAACGAUUAUUUCAAGAACUAAGGUGGAGACAGAUGGCGCCGAGUGCCAUGGAGAAUUUCAGGAUUGUGGACGUUUUCAGGACCACUGCGUGAAGCGAAUUUCAUGUCCCGGACACCGAAUUUAAUUUGAGUUUCCUGACAAUCCAUAGUUUGAUUGGCGUCCCAACGAAGCUCCAGCAUUCAAAAGAGUAUGAUAAUCCAAUGAAAUAAAUCUGCAGGACUUUGGAGUGAUAAUCGUGGAAAUUUCAGAUUUGACCUUUCCUCUGUUGGUCCUAUGAAAGUGGACAGAGUUAAGAAAUUCCUCAAACGUGUAUGCACUCGGACAAGGAAAUUAUCCAAUCCUGAGUGGAUAUUUAUGCUUUAAUCCAGAAUCGGUGAAUAAAUAUGGCUGAUAAUGUUUUGGACUCGGGGCCGUCUUCAGCUAAAAGGCCUAAGUUGUCCUCUCCUGCACUGUCUGGUUCUGCCAGUGAUGGAAAUGACUUCAGUUCCCUCUUCGACCUGGAGCAUGACCUCCCUGAUGAGCUCAUCAGUUCAUCUGACUUGGCGUUGCCCAACGGAGGGGUCGAGGUGUGCCAGCCGUCCUCCCUCGGCCCGGUUCAGGACACAGCAGCCAAACACAAGCAGCUGUCCGAGCUCCUCUGCUCCACCUCGCAGCAGCAGCAGCAGGCAGGUAUGAUGGCGCCAGCCGGCUUUAACAGGCCAAUGAUGGCAACGCAGAAAGGAAACAUGCAGACGCAAGGCAUUAUGGGAGGGCAAGUCAUGAACGGGGUGCCCAGGAUGGGUUACAUCAACGCUAACCCUGGCAUGAACGUGGCCGAUCCUCUGCAGCAGCAACAGCAGCAGCUCCGAGCUCAGCAACCCGGAGCUGUUAACAAGAUGAACAUGAUGGCUGGUGCUGGCUCUGCCCCAUUCAUGCCUUCCUACUCCCAUAGUGGAGCUCAGUCAUCUCUUGCCCCGCCCCUUCAGAAUAAAGCGUCUCAGAACGUCUCGCAGUUCAGCGUGGAUCAGAAAGCCCAGCCUGGUCAGAGUGUCCCAGGCCUGGCGGUGGCGCCCCCUGUAGCCGACCCUGAGAAGAGGAAGCUGAUCCAGCAGCAGCUCGUCCUCCUGCUCCACGCCCAUAAGUGUCAGCGUCGGGAGCAGAGUAAUGGAGAGCUGUCUCACUGCAGCCUGCCUCACUGUAGGACCAUGAAGAACGUCCUCAAUCACAUGACCCACUGUCAGGCCGGGAAAACCUGCCAGGUGGCUCACUGUGCAUCGUCGAGGCAGAUUAUUUCUCACUGGAAGAACUGCACACGACACGACUGUCCUGUCUGUCUGCCUCUGAAAAAUGCAGGAGACAAGAGGCACCAGCAAUCUCUGUUGGGUGGAGCCAGUGUGGCAGUGGGUGGGUCUGUGGGUGGCUCUGCCCCCUGUGCUCCUCCCUCAGGACCUAAUCUGAACUCAGCAGGUCAGAUUGACCCGAGCUCCAUCGAGAGGGCGUACGCCGCGCUCGGGCUCAGCUACACAGGCCAGACGGGUCAGAUCACACCUUCUACUGCCACGGGUGUUAAUCCGGUUGGUGUUAAUGGCAGUGUAGGUGGUGUUCAGGCCCAAACCCAGCAGCCCAACCACCUCCCAGACGCUCUGUUACACCGGAACCUCACCACACACAGUCUGAUGAGUGACGGAGGAGGGGCAGGGCCUAUGAGUUCUGUUCCUUUAGCCGCACCCACUUCUGCAGGAAUGAGGAAGAGCUGGCAUGAGGACAUCACACAGGACCUGCGCAACCACCUCGUCCACAAACUUGUCCAGGCCAUUUUCCCCACCCCGGACCCUGCGGCUCUGAAGGACAGGAGGAUGGAGAACCUGGUGGCGUAUGCACGCAAAGUGGAGGGAGACAUGUACGAGUCAGCCAACAGCAGGGCUGAGUAUUAUCACCUGCUUGCGGAGAAGAUCUAUAAGAUCCAGAAGGAGUUGGAGGAGAAGAGAAAAACUCGACUGCAGAAACAGAGCACUCACACAGAGAAUGGUCCUCUGGCAGAUCCGUCACUUCUUCGUCCCCCUGGACCGAACCAGAUGGUCAACCGACUGCCUAAUCCUGCUGGUAUGAAUCAGUUCGGUCAGAUGGGGCCGCAGCCGCAGCACAUGAACCAGCUGGGCAUGCAGGGAGUACCUCGAAUGGUGCAGCCCAACAUGGCUCAGCUCCAAAACCAGUUCAACCAGAGCCAGUUCCCGUUAGCCGGUUCCGGCCCGAUCCAGAUGUCCACUCCACCUCUGCUCAGUAGUCCGGCAGUUCAGACUCCACCCACAAGUUCUACAUCCAACCUUCCACCCACUUCACAACUCCAGACUCCACCCAUCCACCAAACCACACCCUCACCUGCUGCGAGACUUACACCCACCCCUCGUCAGACGCCGCCCCCUUUGCCUGGCAAUCAAACACCCCAGCCACAAACGCCCAACUCGACUGGCUUGGCCCCUCCCACCCCACAGCAGCAGCUGGACAGAGCCAAUCAGAUGCAGCCGCUUGGAGGUGGAGCUUCUGAAGCAUUGCCUGUGCCUUCCCAGGAUGCUCUGGGGCCGAACACGCAGCCACAGUCUCCGCCGUACGAAAAGCAGUCCGUUAUGACCGACGAUCCGACGUUGACCCCAGCCUCAGCGGGCUCCGUCGACCCUGAGAUAAACCCUGCCCCUGAAACUGAUCUAAAAAUGGAGGUCAAAAAGGAGGAAGAGGAGGAGGUGGAGACUCAGGAGGAAGAGGCGAAGGUUAAGAUGGAAGCUGUUCAGGACGAGGUGAAGGUCGAGGAGAACCCGGAGAUAAAGAAGGAGGAGCCAGAGGCUGAAUCGUGUAAGGCGGAGCCAAUGGAGGCGUCAACUGAGGAGACGGGAGAAGACAAGAAGCCCGAGAUAAAAUGCGAACCCAAAGAAGAGAAGCAGGGAAAAGAGACAACAGAUGAGUCGUCCAGCAACACGGAGAGCAAGAAGAAGAUCUUUAAGCCGGAGGAGAUGCGCGAGGUCCUCAUGCCCACUCUGGAGGCGCUCUACAAGCAGGAUCCCGAGUCCCUGCCCUUCCGCCAGCCCGUAGACCCGCAGCUCCUCGGCAUCCCCGACUACUUCGACAUCGUGAAGAACCCCAUGGACCUGUCCACCAUAAAGCGGAAGCUGGACACGGGUCAGUACCAGGAGCCAUGGCAGUACGUGGACGACAUCUGGCUGAUGUUCAACAACGCCUGGUUGUACAACCGCAAGACCUCACGUGUGUAUAAAUACUGCUCCAAACUGGCCGAGGUGUUUGAGCAGGAGAUCGACCCCGUCAUGCAGGGCCUCGGCUUCUGCUGCGGCCGCAAGUUGGAGUUUUCUCCUCAGACUCUGUGCUGCUACGGGAAACAACUGUGCACGAUCCCCCGAGAUGCUGCCUACUUCAGCUACCAAAACAGGUACCACUUCUGUGAGAAGUGUUUCAAUGAAAUCCAGGGCGAGAACGUGUCCCUGAGCGACGACCCCACGCAGCCCCAAACAUCCAUCAAUAAAGACCAGUUUGAGAAGAAGAAGAACGACACCCUCGACCCAGAGCUAUUUGUGGAAUGUUCUGACUGUGCUCGUAAAAUGCAUCAAAUCUGCAUCCUGCACAACGAGACGAUCUGGCCGUCAGGCUUCGUGUGUGACGGCUGUUUGAAGGCCUCCAACAAGACAAGGAAGGAGAAUAAAUACGCUGCCAAACGGCUUCCCCAGACAAAGCUGGGCAACUUCCUGGAGGCACGGGUGAACGAGUUCCUGAAGCGGCAAUACCAUCCAGAAACUGGUGAUGUCACUAUCCGGGUGGUUCACGUCUCCGACAAAAUGGUUGAAGUGAAGCCAGGAAUGAAGUCCAGAUUUGUGGACAGUGGUGAAAUGGCAGAGUCUUUCCCCUACCGGACAAAAGCUCUGUUUGCAUUCGAGGACAUUAACGGUGUGGAUGUGUGUUUUUUCGGAAUGCAUGUCCAAGAAUAUGGCUCCGAUUGUCCUCCACCCAAUCAGAGACGUGUGUAUAUCUCCUACCUGGACAGUGUGCACUUUUUUCAGCCACGUCACCUGAGGACAGGUGUGUAUCACGAGAUCCUAGUCGGGUACCUGGAGUACGUGAAGAAGUUAGGGUUCACCACAGGACAUAUCUGGGCAUGUCCACCAAGUGAAGGAGAUGAUUACAUCUUCCACUGUCACCCACCGGAUCAGAAGAUCCCCAAACCCAAACGGCUGCAGGAAUGGUACAAGAAGAUGCUGGACAAGGCUGUGGCAGAGCGGAUCGUUCAUGACUACAAGGACAUCUUUAAACAGGCAACCGAGGACCGCCUGACAAGUGCAAAGGAGCUGCCUUAUUUUGAGGGUGAUUUCUGGCCCAAUGUGUUGGAGGAGAGCAUCAAAGAGCUGGAGCAAGAAGAGGAGGAGAGGAAAAGAGAGGAGAACAACACCUCGAGUGAAAGUGUAGAUGCCACAGAGGGUGACAGCAAGAACGCAAAGAAAAAGAACAACAAGAAGACGAACAAGAACAAAAGCAGCAUGAGCCGAGCCAACAAGAAGAAACCAGGCGUGCCCAAUGUCUCCAACGACCUCUCCCAAAAACUCUAUGCUACCAUGGAGAAACACAAAGAGGUUUUCUUCGUCAUCCGUCUCCAUGCCGGCCCUGCUGUCAACUCGCUACCUGCCAUCAUAGAUCCAGACCCCCUGAUGGCGUGCGACCUGAUGGAUGGGCGUGAUGCCUUUCUGACGCUGGCUCGGGACAAGCACCUUGAGUUCAGCUCUUUGCGACGAGCCAAGUGGAGCUCGAUGUGUAUGCUGGUGGAACUGCACAACCAAAGCCAGGAUCGCUUUGUGUACACCUGCAAUGAGUGCAAACAUCAUGUGGAGACGCGUUUCCACUGCACAGUCUGUGAGGACUAUGACCUUUGCAUCACGUGCUAUAAAACUAAGGGUCAUGAGCACAAGAUGGAAAAGCUUGGUCUGGGUCUCGAUGAUGAAAGUAGCAACCAGGCAACAGCGGCCACUCAGAACCCUGGUGACUCUCGUCGUCUCAGCAUCCAGCGCUGCAUCCAGUCUCUGGUGCAUGCCUGUCAGUGUCGCAAUGCCAACUGCUCCCUACCAUCUUGCCAGAAGAUGAAGCGGGUGGUGCAGCACACGAAGGGCUGCAAGCGCAAGACAAAUGGUGGCUGUCCCAUCUGCAAGCAGCUCAUUGCUUUGUGCUGCUAUCAUGCCAAGCACUGCCAGGAGAACAAAUGCCCUGUGCCAUUUUGCCUCAACAUAAAGCAGAAACUCAGACAGCAGCAGCUGCAGCACAGGCUACAGCAAGCGCAGAUGCUGCGUAGGCGUAUGGCCACUAUGCAGCGGACUGGGCAGCCUCCUCUUGGUGGUGGCCCACCUGGAGGGCUUCCAUCACCAGGCAGCAACUGCACCACGGGUCGUAGCACACCAACAUCAGUGGGUACCCAGCCUCCCACCCCUCAGACACCUACCCAACAAAAUAUUGCGCCUGUACCCCAGCCUGGAAUGGGAGGCAUUCCUGUUGCAUCCCCUCAGCAGCUACAGCAACCACAGGGGAACAUGCCUCCCCAGCACCCUGGCCAUCAACAGUUUCAGCAAAUGCAAGGUGCUCAGGGAGUGAUGACCUCUCCCCAGCCACAAAUGGUUUCUCAACAACAGACUGGACAGCCACCACAUCCAAACAGUUUGGCUCAGUAUGGCCCACGACCUCCAGGCUCUACUGGCAAACCAGGCCUGGGUCCUGCAAGCCCUAGCAGCUUAGGGGCAGGUCCAUUGCAGCAACCAUCGGGUCCUCCUCCGGCAGCUGUGGAAAUUGCAAAGAAGAUCCAGCAAGUGGCAGAUGCACAAAGAAAUAUGGCAAAAGCUCAAUUACUGCAGAGGCAAGCUACCCAGACAGGCAUGAUGCCACCACACCACCAACAACCCCAAGCACAGAUGGGGAUGACCCAUUCGGGAGUUGCCAUGGUAGGGGGAACAGGGCUACCUCCUCAUGCACAAGCUGCUGUUUCGCGAGGCCAGUUAGAGCAGCAGCAGGGACCUCAAGGAAUGAUGGUUGGAGCAGGACCCAUGCAACAGCAACCUGUACCACAGCCUAAUGUACAGGGCCAGCUUCCUCCACAGGUUCCGAUCCAGCAAAGAGCUAAUGUGCAGCUUCAGCCUUCUGCUCAGCAGCAAUGGACAGGACAGGGGAUUCCACCUCCGCAGAGACCUCCAGUUAUGAACCAGCCUGGGGUGACUACAGUGCAGCAACAAAUGCAGCAGUCUCAGCAGCCACAGCAGCAACAGCCAGUGCCAAAUCAGAAUGCCUUGAUGAGUAUGGUGCAGGGUGGACUGCAGGGCGGUGCUGCAGGUGGAAUGGCAGGUGGGAGUCUUUCUCAAAGAACUGUGCAGGAACUGCUGCAAACCUUGCGGUCACCUAGCUCACCGCAGCAACAGCAGCAGGUUCUCAACAUUCUCCGCUCCAACCCACAACUAAUGGCUGCAUUUAUAAAGCAGCGGGUUUACAAGUAUAAAAACGGGCCAGGAGGUCCUGUUGGUGCACAGGGAGGGCCAGGGGCCAUGAGCAGCCAGCCAGUGGGAGUCGGUGCUUGUGGACUUCAGCCAUCCAUGAAUAUGGGACAAGCCCAACUUGCCCAGCUGCAACAACAACAGCAGCAGCAAAUGCAACAACCUCAGAGGCCCCUGCUUCAGCAGCAGCAGCAAGUUGCUGGGAUACAACAGCAGCAGCAGCAAGGAAUACCAGGCCAAGUGCCUCCCAAUGUGGUCAACAUGAAUCCACAGUUCAGACAGCUGCUGUUAAGGAGACAGCAGCAGAAACUACAGCUUCAGCAGCAGCAGCAGCAGCAGCAGCAACAACAGCAGCAGCAGCAGCCAGGGGGAAAUCAUACUGCAUUCCCACAGCAGCAGAGCUACAUGGGUCAGCAGGGUCAGCAGACUCAACCGGGAGUGCAACCUGGAGCCCAGCAGCAAGGAUACCCAGGCAACUCAGCACAGCAGCAGGGUUUCCCAGGCAACACAACCCAGGGUUACCCAGGCAACUCGGCUCAGCAGCAGGGUUACCCAGGCAACUCAGCUCAACAGCAGGGUUACCCAGGCAACUCGGCUCAGCAGCAGGGUUACCCAGGCAACUCGGCUCAGCAGCAGGGUUACCCAGGAAACUUGACCCAGCAGCAGGGUUUUCCAGGCAACUUGACUCAGCAACAGGCUUUUCCAGGAAACUCUGCACAGCAGCAGGGUUUUCCAGGCAACACUGCACAGCAGCAGGCUGCUGCAGUCUUGCAGCAGAGACUGCAGCAUCAACACAGAUUGCAAAUGCAGCAGCAGCAGCAGAAUGCUGGGCUGCAAGGGCCUGAUCGAGGUGGUCCACAGAUGCAGCCAGGACAAGGAGGAACGCAGCCUUCAUCAUCUCCGGCAAUGCUGCAUCAAGCAAUCCACCAGCGACUGCUUCAGCAACAGAAGCAGCACCUUGGUGGGACUUCGCCUGCACAGCAGAACAAUCCCAUGAGCCCACAGCAGCAAAUGUCACAGUCACCACACAUGCAGGGCCAGCCACUCCCCAACUCUCUCAGCAACCAAGUGCGAUCGCCUCAACCCUCCCCUCGUCCACAAUCACAGCCACCACACUCAAGUCCGUCCCCACGACUGCAGCAGACUCAGACAGCUUCGCCACACCCCGGCCAUCUACAGCAGCACCUACCUGGCAUGGCUCCUCCUCCACCUCCUCCCCAGCUACAGCAGAAUGCUAUGGACCCUAGCGGGAACUCUAUGCUGCCGCAUCUCAGCGGCAUGGUGGGACUCCACCCUGCAGCAGGGAAAGACAUACGACCCCCUAGUGGGCAGGAUCUUGGGGUGAAUAUGAAUUCAUUAGACAUGUAGUUAGAAAACCUCACCAGAGACAGUGUUAGGUUUGGUUUUUUGAAAUAUAUAUUACGGUUAUUAAUUAUUUAAUUUUUUUCUUAAACAUGAACACCUGGAACUCUGAUCUUCCUGUGGGAGACACAGAAAUUACAGAACCGGAAUGUUGAGUGUGAACGCUAAAUUAUGGCUCUUUUUGUUUUCCUGUCUGUUUUUUGCCAAUUGUGAACAAAUCAAGGCUUGUUUCUCAGACUCAGAGAAUAGAACACAGGUAAUAUUUUCAGGCCUGGGGGAGUAUUUACCUUUUUAAGAUAUAUUUUUUAAUAUUUUAAAAAUGUAAAGUACUGAUUUAUUGAAUGCAAUGGGUUUUAUUUUAUAAAUAUUUUUGUUUUUUUGCUCCUUGAAGCAAUCUGUUACUAUUUUUACAGUACGGAAAUGCGACAGAUGUUACUGUUGUGUUUGUUCUUGUUAAUUAUUCAGAUGUCAUGCAUAUCUUCCUUGAAAAGUUUUGAUUUUGCAUUCUGUUAUUUAUUCUAGUGAUUUUUUUUUUCUUUUGGCUCCUGGAGACUGCUACAAUUCUACAGAGUCUAUUUUUAAUACCUGAGAAUUUGCAGAGUGGUUCCUUUACAUUUUACGUUGACCGGAUAUUGAGGAAAAUGGCAGUGUUGUGAGCUAAAGGCUUCAUGGUGUUGGCCAGUGGACCUUUUUUUUCCCCUUCUUUUGUGCCACAUUAGUUUAAAAUGCCUAGCCAUAGUGUCCACAUGGGGCAAACCACAUGUCCUGUUUUUCCCGUGUGUGUGUGUGUGUGUACUUGUUAUGACACUUACUGGCUACUGGAGGAGGUGUGUAUUCACAGAAGUGUGUGCGUGUGUGUUUAUGCUAAUAUGCAUAGAUGAGAUUAGAGUUUAAAGAACUGAUCUGUCCUUCCACAUUGCCUCCACUUUCAGAAAUCUCAUUGCGCUGAGGGUUUUUUUUUUAAGUUUAAUUAUUUUUUACUGUACAAAGGAACAAACCAUGGACUCCAUACCAUUUUUGUAAUAAAAUGACAUCAACAGG